AUGAGCUGCACUUAUACAUACCCUACUGGAUAUCAGAUCAAUAAUGUGUCCUUGACCAAAAACCAUGUAAAAGGUGUAGAGCCUCCUGAUUUGUUUGAGGACCCUGAAUACAGUCAGAGGCUUCAGUAUCUGGGAGAUAAACAGAAGAACUGCACUAUCAGACUGAGUCAUGUGACACAGAAAGAUUCACAUGAGUACUAUUUCAGACUCAUUGCUGAUAAACUCGAUUUAUUCAGUUGGAUAAACCUGAACUGGAUUGGCGCUCCCAGAUACACAACUGUUGAAGAUAAUGUGAAAUGGAUUGGUGUUCCAGGAGUGACUCUUACUGUCACAGAUCCUCCAAAGAGUGUCUCAGUGUCCAUAACUGGAUCUGGUGAAAUAGUGGAGGGAGAUUCAGUGACUCUGAGCUGCAGCAGUGACCCACCUGCAGAAAUAAGCUGGUUUAAAGGAGGAACGUUUGUAGGAUCUGGAAGAAUCUACAGCAUCUCAAACAUCAGCUCUGAUCACAGUGGAGAAUACAAGUGCAAGUCCAGAAAUAAACAUGGAGAGACAUACUCUGAUGCUGUGACUUUAAACAUCAUGUACCCACCCAAGAGCGUCUCAGUGUCCAUCAGUCCAUCUGGUGAAAUAAUGGAGGGAGAUUCAGUGGCUCUGAGCUGCAGCAGUGAUUCAAACCCACCUGCAGAAAUCAGCUGGUUUAAAGGAGGAACGAUUGUAGGAUCUGGAAGAAUCUACAGCAUCUCAAAGAUCAGCUCUGAUCACAGUGGAGAAUACAAGUGCAAGUCCAGAAAUCAACAUGGAGAGAAAUACUCUGCUGUAACUUUAAACCUCAAAUACCCACCCAGGAACGUCUCAGUGUUCUUAAACGGAUCUGGUGAAAUAGUGGAAGGAGAUUCAGUGACUCUGAACUGCAGCAGUGAUUCAAACCCACCUGCAGAAAUCAGCUGGUUUAAAGGAGGAACAAUUGUAGGAUCUGGAAGAAUCUACAACAUCUCAAAGAUCAGCUCUGAUCACAGUGGAGAAUACAAGUGCAAGUCCAGAAAUAAACAUGGAGGGAAAUACUCUGCUGUGACUUUAAACGUCAUGUAUCCACCAAAGAGCGUCUCAGUGUCCAUCAGUCCAUCUGGUGAAAUAGUGGAGGGAGAUUCAGUGACUCUGAUCUGCAGCAGUGAUUCAAACCCACCUGCAGAAAUCAGCUGGUUUAAAGAAGGAAAGUUUGUAGGAUCUGGAAGAAUCUACAGCAUCUCAAACAUCAGCUCUGAUCACAGUGGAGAAUACAAGUGCAACUCCAUCAAUAAACAUGGAGAGAAAGACUCUGAUGCUGUGAAUUUAAAUGUCAUGUAUGCAUCAAAGAACAUUUCAGUGUCCAUCAGUCCAUCUGGUGAAAUAAAGGAGGGAUAUUCAGUGAUUCUGAGCUGCAGCAGUGAUUCAAACCCACCUGCAGAAAUCAGCUGGUUUAAAGGAGAAACUUUUGUAGGAUCUGAAAGAAUCUACAGCAUCUCAAAGAUCAGUGCUGAUCAAAGUGGAGAAUACAAGUGCAAGUCCAUCAAUGAACAUGGAGAAAAACCUUCUGAUAUUGUGAUGCUGAAUGUGAUGUAUGCUCCAAGAAAUGCAGUGGUGUCCAUCAGUCCAUCUGGUGAAAUAGUGGAGGGAGAUUCAGUGACUCUGAGCUGCAGAAGUGAUUCAAACCCACCUGCAGAAAUCAGCUGGUUCAAAGAAAGAAGGUUUUUAGGAUCUGGAAGAAUCUACAACAUCUCAAACAUCAGCUCUGAUCACAGUGGAGAGUACAAGUGCAAGUCCAUCAAUGAACUAGGAAAGAAAUACUCUGAUGCUGUGACAUUAAAUGUCAUGUAUCCACCGAAGAGCGUCUCAGUGUCCAUCAGUCCAUCUGGUGAAAUAGUGGAAGGAGUUUCAGUGACUCUGAGCUGCAGCAGUGAUUCAAACCCUCCUGCAGAAAUCAGCUGGUUUAAAGGGGGAACGUUUGUAGGAUCUGGAAGAAUCUACAGCAUCUCAAACAUCAGCUCUGAUGACAGUGGAGAAUACAAGUGCAAGUCCAGAAAUCAACAUGGAGAGAAAGACUCUGAUGCUGUGAAUUUAAAUGUCAUGUAUGCAACAAAGAACACCUCAGUGUUCAUCAGUCCAUCUGGUGAAAUAGUGGAGGGAGAUUCAGUGACUCUGAGCUGCAGCAGUGACUCAAACCCACCUGCAGAAAUCAGCUGGUUUAAAGGAGGAAUGUUUGUAGGAUCUGGAAGAAUCUACAACAUCUCAAAGAUCAGCUCUGAACACAGUGGAGAAUACAAGUGCAAGUCCAUCAAUAAACAUGGAGAGAAACUUUCUGAUAUUGUGAUGCUGAAUGUGAUUUAUGCUCCAAGACAUGCAUUGGUGUCCAUCAGUCCAUCUGGUGAAAUAGUGGAGGGAGAUUCAGUGACUCUGAGCUGCAGCAGUGAUUCAAACCCACCUGCAGAAAUCUUCGACAUUGAAGAUCCACCAAAGAGCGUCUCAGUGUCCAUCAGUCCAUGUUGUGAAAUAGUGGAGGGAGUUUCAGUGACUCUGAGCUGCAGCAGUGAUUCAAACCCUCCUGCAGAAAUCAGCUGGUUUAAAGGAGGAACAAUUGUAGGAUCUGGAAGAAUCUACAACAUCUCAAACAUCAGCUCUGAUCACAGUGGAGAAUACAAGUGCAAGUCCAGAAAUCAACAUGGAGAGAAAGACUCUGACGCUGUGACUUUGAAUGUCAUGUGUGAGUUAAUGAUCGUUCAGUAA